UUCAACCGGCGCGAUGCUGUUCUCGCUCCGGGAACUGGUGCAAUGGCUGGGCUUUGCCACAUUCGAGAUCUUCGUGCACCUGCUGGCCCUGCUGGUGUUCUCCGUGCUGCUGGCACUGCGUGUGGACGGCCUGGUCCGUGACCUCUCCUGGUGGAACGUGUUCGUGCCCUUCUUCGCCGCUGACGGGCUCAGCACCUACUUCACCACCAUCGUGUCCGUGCGCCUCUUCCAGGACGGAGAGAAGCGGCUGGCCGUGCUCCGCCUCUUCUGGAUCCUCACGGUUCUUAGCCUCAAGUUCGUUUUUGAGAUGUUGUUGUGCCAGAAGCUGGUGGAGCAGACGCGGGAGCUCUGGUUCGGCCUCAUCACGUCUCCGGUCUUUAUUCUCCUGCAACUGCUCAUGAUCCGCGCCUGCCGGGUCAACUAGGGGGCCCAGAGAGGGAGCUCUGAAUAGCUAGAACGCUGGACUCCAAGCUGAGGUUCCACUUCCACCGCACUAGAGGAGAAGUCUGGGUCUGAAAGCAACGCCAGCUUGUGCCCUGCAGAGUGCCCAGUUUACUCUCUACCAGUCAUGUCUGAAACUGUUCCCUGAGCAGGGCUCAAAAGAGCAGCCUUGAUCCAUAAAAUAUAUUUCCUGUUACUUCAUGCUUUAAAUAGCUAACCCUGAACUGAGAUCUUGAAAAGGGCCCCAGGGCAGACUGUCCAGAACUCCUCUGAUAGUUGGAAACUGCAUAUGAGUAAAAUGUCCUGAUGGGCUCGGAGUAUUUUCAUGGAUCCUGGAAAAGCACCCCUUGUGCAAAGGCUGCAAAGCCAGCCUCAGGAAUUUCCUCUGGCCAGCAUUGCUGACCUAAGAUCUCACUGUCCCAGUCACCCAGACGAGACUUCCUUAGAUAUUUGAGCUCUAAAAUGUGUAAACCAGCUUGUGUCUCCUCCCCGGUGCCACUGGGGAAAGUAUGGCCCUUUCUUCAUUCCAGCCCAGGCAGACAGCAGUGUGUUGAAUAAGCAUGAUUGGGACCCUAUCAGGAGACCUAUCUCCUGAGGAAAGAACUUUGCUUUAAAGGCUGUGCUUGGCUUCCUAUCCGAGCCGGCUGCAGUAUCACGACUUUUGCACCACCUUGUGGCCAGCACUGUUAGCGCACCUGCAACACAGGCCACCCUAAGGGACCAGAGAGAGGAACAUGUGCUCUGAUGCUCAUAGGCUUUGAGACUUGCAAGUGGGAAGUUUGGGAAUGGUCUUGGUUCACAUUUGUGGGCCUGAGGUCUUUGGUUGGAUGCCAGCCAGGUGCCAAAUGAGAACAUUUGCUGAGAUAAAAAUAAAAUAAGAAUGUUUUGCUGAAAUGCA